CCCGUGAUGUCAGCAGGGGAGUGCUAGCAUAGCAUCGGAGUGACUAUAGUGCCUUUCUCGAUUUGGGCUUAGAACUUUUUUCGGCGGUUACUGUCGCCCUGCAGUUUAGCUCCGAUGUCGUGUAUCGACAUGGGGUUACCGGGGUCGAAGGCUGUCGGAGGAUGUAUCCUUCCGCAAGCACGUUAAUAACGGGAUGAAAGCUCAGGACCUAACGUUGACGUUGAACGGGAUGCCGUUCGGUUAGUCUCUCCGGAGCUCGAGAUCAGAUUUAUGUGCCACACAAGCUAGCAGGUUAGUUCAUACGUUGUGUCGAGUUAAUUACAAGCUACAUUCCGCAGCUCGGGCUGGAAACAGGGAGUUAUGGCGCGAUUGGUGUUGGAGCAACUGUCAGAUUUCGGGGACUAUACUGGCGGUAAAGAGCUGACUGAGAUCUUUAAACUGACUAAUAACGAGCUCAAAAGCAGUCCGUCAAACGUUCGCCUGAGCCCAGAUGGACGUCAUGUUCAUGUCAUCCUCCGCAAGCCUAAGGUCGGUCUUGUGACUUUUGACAAAUAUGAAAGACCCCAACUGGCCCAGAAUCAGAAGAAGCUGGAUUUGCGGUUAACACAAACCGUGCCUAUUGUUGAUAUUUUAUAUUUGGACCAUAACAACAGCAGCAGAAGCAGAGACACCGCAACUGUAGCAGUGGUUUAUGAAAAUGGAAAAGCUGAGUUUUGGAAAUUCCAGGAGAGAAAAGCUGGCUGGCAUCUCCUGCAAACAUCAGAUCUGUGCAACAGCCCCAGAGCACGAGUGGUGUCUGUCUCUGCCUGUUCCAAUCUUAUCAUCUGGUGUGAGGAGAGGCCGCCCUCAGAAAGCACCCCUGCCCUCAGUUCCACAAAGAACAAGCUGAGAUACUGUGUUUGCAGACGUGACUUCGAGGUGGAGGAGGGGGCUGUCAGCUUGGGAGGAGUGAAAAUCGCCCUCCACAACAAUCCUAAAUUCACUGUGGUCAGCUCAGGUGAAUAUGUACAUCUUCUUCCUGAAGUGAAAGUGAAGCCGCUGAUGAGUAUCUCCAAAUUUUUUCUCUCCUGGUCCCCUCACAAUGACUCCUUCACAGUCAGCACCACAUGUAAAAACACUCCCCUAAAAAAGCUUUCAGCUAAAGAGUCUGACUUAAAGAGGUUGGUGACGGACUGUUUGGGAUAUUUAUCAACUCUUGAACCACCUGAGAUCUACGACUUCUCUCCUACAGCCUGUGGAGGCCUGCUGCUGCUGCUCAGCACAGGAUGGGUGUGUCUUCUGCAGAAGGAUGGGAUGCUGCGUCAGGUAUACAAACUGGCGGACAACUGCUUGGUAAAAUGCGGUACUCAAACUAGCCUCUGCAUGUACCAGGACACCCUGGCGCUGCUGAUAGGGCAAAACCUGCAUCUGAUAGAUGUGAACUGUGGCAGAGAGAUGGAAAAGAUCAUGCUGAAGAAAGAGGGGUUAUUGUAUGUAAAUCAGGCUGAAAGAUGUGCACCUCACCUGCUCUCAGAAACUGGACUUUUUGUGGUUGUGAACAGGGAGACGGACUCCAGAGAGAGCAGCUCUAAGCUGAAGCCUUCUGGUCUCGGUGCAGUGGAGUGUAUUAAUCCUGGAGCCCUCCUGGUAGAGGCGGUCUUUGAGGAGGCCUGUAAAUACUACCAGCAGAGAAGCCUGAGCAGCACCCAGCUCACUGUGGACACACUGAAGAAAGGAGGUAGGUUCCAGGCCCCCACCUCUUUAGCAUCCAUCGUCAGGAACUACCUCAGCAAAGGGUUGAGGCAGAAAGGAGCAGAGCCGUCCCAGAACGGUGGAGGCGAAUGCACAGCAGCACAAGACAAACUGAUGGGCUCUCUGGAGGCUGAGCUCAAGGCUCUGGUCGCUCUGGAGGAGGUGAAGGGGAGUUUAGUCAGGGGGGAUGUUAAAGAGGUGGAGGCAGUGUGUGAGAGUCUAGUUGAGAAAGAAGUAGCCAGGCUGCUGUCCGUCUCAGAGCUGGAUAAAGAGGCUCUGCUUUACCUCAACUCCAUCUUCAGCAUCUUUCCCUGCCAGGUGUGGAGAGCAGCGCAGGCCGCCCUUCAGCUACACUACAACGGGGAGGGCUCUCUGUCCAGCAGGGCUCCCCCAGACGUGUGGAAAACUGUCCUCAGCCCUGCUAUGACACCCAGCACCCCAUCCUGCCUCCCAUUCACAAACGGCGGACCAAAACACAAUCAUAGCCUCAAAGGUGAUCAAGCCGCCAACUGUAAAGACAAAGCUACCAGCUCCACUUGCCCAGCUGCCCUGCCUGUGUUUGAGCUCCUCUGCCGCUCGGUGUUCCACUUCCAGCCCAGCUGGUUGCCCCGGUUCCUUGAGCUUGCCCAGCAGCAGCAGGGCUCAGCCGGCCUGUGCUUGAGCCUGGCCUCUUCCUCCUGGGGCUUCUCCGGUGGGAGAGGAGUGGAUGGCAGGGAGAACAACGUGCCGCUAUACAAACGAGCCCUGUGCGUCUUGUCCGGCCUGACCUCAGACAGAGACCAGCUGCAGGACAUGGAGGUGGAGCUGCUGCUGGUCAGCGGGCGGCCUAAUGCCAUCCUGCAGGCGCUGAGGAUCCUCAUGGCCAAGCAGCAGUGGCAGCGGGUCACCCAGGUGGCCCAGAAGUUCUGCAAACAGAGUCCGCUGCUCAACAAGGAGAUUUUCACUACUCUGCUGUGCGAGGUGGCUCAGCACAGAGACCUGGACCCCUAUUUGGACCUCCUGUGGACCCUGUGUCCUGAGGACCUCACUGUCACCACUAUUCUCAACCUAGUGCUGAAAAACCUCCCCUCCCCUAACACCCCCCCAUCAUCCUCCUCUUCCUCUUCCUUCUCCAUGUCCAGCACAACCUCCUCAUCCCCUGCUCCCUUUGCAGACUCCAACAGCAGCCAGUUGACCAUCGGGCUGUUGAAACCUCUGCUGAGAAAAGUGCUUCAGAGGGAGACCAAGCCUAGCCAGCGCUAUGCAGACAUCCUCCAGUCACCAUCAUACCCCCCUCCUGCACCUCCUCGCAAGCCUGUAGAGCAGCCCAGGACAGACCCAGAUCCUAGCACAGACUCAACCGUCGACAACAACAUCGCCCUGGCUUCUUUUGCAGAAACAGCCGAACAGCAGUCGUCCACACACACAAGUGUCCCAAGAGCCAGAGUGGCGCUACCUGCUAACCCAGUCUGAUUUCCACAGAAAUGGACAGACCCUCUCAAAAUGGAGUCUCAUAAAACAUUCCACACAUAAUCUGACCAAACUGUGAAGCAGCGUGUGUUGACAAUCAAAUUAAAACAGAAUAAUAUAAGUAUGUUACAGGUACAAUCAGUGUAAUGCAGUCAAUUGUGAUAUUUGAUGGUGUUUAUAAAAAAAAAAAAAGAUUGGUAUGAAGUAUGACUUCUAGAGACUAUGAAAUGACUACUGAAGGUCUUACAGUGUAAAUACUGCAGAUAAUUUUAAGUCUUAAUGUGUAUAUACUGUAUCUGCUAUGUUAUUUAUCUCUUAAGCCUUAACUGCACGUGGCUGAGAAUGUUAUUGCAUAGUCUUGCAUUGAAUAAGCGUUGUCUUUAUCAGAAUACCAUUAAUACAUGAUAAUAUAUUGUGUCAACACAGUGUAGUGUUUAUCUGCUCAGUCAAAAACAAAGCCACUAACUCCCAUUUUGGGGGUUUAUCGUAUCUGUGUGUAGAGUAUUUGUCUUUGCCGAGCUGAUGUCUGUUAAUUGUAGCCAAGUAUAGCUGCCUUUCAUUUGCUGAUGUCAGAGUGUGUUCAUGCAGUGGGUAAUCUAUUGAGACGAGCUGGCCUUUUUGUUUGUUUUAAGUGUGGUUUGGUUUAGAAGAGGAGGGAGUCCAAGGUCCCUUUACUGACUUCUAGUUUCAUACUUCUAUCGUAAGUGCUUAAACAUUAACCUGGUUUCGAUGGGCUCAACUAGACCACUUAACCUCUGUAAACCAAACCCAAAACAGGCUGUCUUUCUGCUUUUUAUUUUUCAAUUCCUGUCAUUCAUUUGUCUCUCUAGACCCCAUCUUGUCCUCUCUGCUCCCUUGCAGCAGGACAUUCCAGACAUAAUAACCAGUAAAAGUGACUCACAGUUUGACUUUAAAUUCAAUUUUGGAGGUAAUUCUGUUAGGACUUGAGUGUGGGUUGGGCACGAUGUGACUAACAUAGGAGCCCUGCUGCUCGAAGAAGGUCAUGUACGUUUUCUUUCGUGGACCCAGUGAGGGUAAUGUUAUUAGAGAUGUUAGGUCCUCUGUCUUCUUGGUCCUCAUAGUUUUCUCCGUGCUCUGGAACUAAUUGCACUUUUAUAUCACCCCAUUCCGUAUUGUUUGUGCCAUGCAUCUGUUGAAAUGAAUGUUUUCUGAUUAAGUGCUGUAAACAAAACUAUAUUUAAGUGCCUAUUGUCUUUGAUGCCUUUGUUAAUGUUUGAGCUGUCAGCAGUUUAAUCAAAGAAAGUGUUUCUUUGUAUGUAAAUGUGGAACAUUUCGAAACAAAAUGCUAUUUAUUUUGUAACAAGCUUUGAAAAACUACUAAAAUAACAAGCUUUGGCCCUUCAUGGGUGACAUUCUGACAGAGAAACUCUUGUGGCAUCUCUAAAAGUAUUGAGUGACAAUCAGACUUCAAAAUGCUGCAGAAUAAUUAGAGUGCCUUUCACAGCGCUGCUGUUCAUUUACAGGAUAGUGUCACAUUCCUGCUGUGUCUCCUCAGCUUCUCUCAUAUUCUGGAGAAAGAACUGGAGGUAGAUCCCAGGAUAACAGAUCUUGGCCUCUACAGUCAAAGGCUUUUUUAAUGACAUUUUAAUAUGAAACCUGCUGAUUUCGUACUCUGGUCUGAUUAGUGUACUAAUGGUGUCCUUCCAAACUCUGUAUACCUAAACAAGCAUGACACAAUCUGUGUGACUGAUUUUAGAUCAAUGUCAUGAGUUUUGCUGUGUUUCAGCCCAUCUCAGAGUUGCUGGGAACUCCCUGACUUCCCCAGACAGGCCACUCAGCCUGAUGCUAGGACUGCUCAGAUGUUAAUUAAUUUGACUUAAACUUUGCUUCUGGUUUCUGUUAACAAAUAGGAAUCCAUCCUGGAUUUGACAUCUACAUUCUUACUUUGUUUACUUUUGGCUCUCCUGUAAGUGUUAAAAAGAAAAUGUAUACAAGUAUUUAUGAACUGAUGCUGUAUGCUAUUAAACUGAAGAUACAACUUUGA